CCUAUUUUUGGCGGUAAUACCCAGUACACUCUCAGAGAAGUCAUGGCUGAUCAGCAAGCCUCAAUGGGCGAAGAAGAAGAGCCGCAGCAGCAGCAGCAGCAGCAACCCAAUUCGCCUUCCCCAGACGCAGAGAUUACAGAUAACCCAACCCAGCAACAGCAAGAAUACUCUUGGCCGGCGAUUCGGUUCGAUGUCCAUCCGCAGAGAGCCUUCCACUUCCGCCGCCAGUUCCGAACUUCCCCGACCCCCAACAACUUUCUCAAGGGCGUCAAAUGGUCGCCGGAUGGAUCGUGCUUUCUUACCAGUUCCGAGGACAACACGCUUCGGGUUUUUGCAUUGCCAGAUUAUGGGAGUGAGAAUGCAAAUGGGUGUUCUGUAGCUGCUGAUGAAGAUUCGUAUGCUGCAAACCUUGUUGUGAAUGAGGGAGAGUCUGUAUACGACUUCUGUUGGUACCCGUACAUGUCUGCUGCAGACCCGGUUACCUGUGUUUUUGCAACUACAUCUCGUGACCAUCCAAUUCAUCUUUGGGAUGCUUCUUCUGGACAGCUACGUUGCACUUAUCGUGCUUAUGAUGCUGUGGAUGAAAUCACAGCUGCUUUUUCAAUUGCCUUUAAUCCUACUGGAACAAAGAUUUUUGCUGGAUACAACAAAUCUGUUCGGGUGUUUGAUUUACAUCGCCCUGGUAGGGAUUUUGAACAAUAUUCUACACUUCAAGGAAACAAAGAAGGACAAACAGGUAUAAUGUCUGCAAUGGCAUUUUGUCCAACCCAUAGUGGAAUGCUAGCUAUAGGUUCUUAUAGCAAGACUGCUGCAAUAUAUAGGGAAGAUAAUAUGGAACCCUUGUAUGUAUUGCAUGGUCAUGAAGGUGGGAUUACACAUGUCCAGUUUUCAAAAGAUGGAAAUUAUUUAUAUACUGGAGGCCGAAAGGAUCCUUAUAUAUUAUGCUGGGAUAUACGCAAAGCGGUUGAUGUUGUGUAUAAGUUGUAUAGGUCAUCGGAAGAUACCAACCAGCGGAUUUUGUUUGAUAUUGAGCCACUUGGACGCCAUCUUUGUACAGGCGGUCAGGAUGGUGUUGUGCAUAUCUAUGAUCUGCAAACUGGACAAUGGGUAACAGGCUUCCAAGCGGCAUUGGAUACCGUUAACGGAUUCUCCUUUCAUCCCUUUCUGCCAUUGGCCACCACUUCUUCAGGGCAUCGAAGAUUUGUUGGUCCUGAUGAUGGCAAUGAGGAAUUGCAUCUGAGUGGUGACGAAAACUGCGCUUCUGUGUGGAGUUUCUCUGUUGCUUCAAUGGUGGAGAAUGAUGCUGCAAUGGACGCCGAUGAUUAUAACAGCCACAACCUCGACCAGCAUCCCUAGUCAAAACAGCCCUGCGAGCUUCCGUUACAUCUAAAGAUGGAUUGAGACGCACAUCAUUUGUCUAAUCGUUGUACAUUAAUUGAAUUACAAGAUCAUAACAAUAUCAGUCAAAUAGCAAAUGCCUUCAUGCAUCAAGACAUGUAAAACCCAAAUAUUUGAGCUCAGUUUUGAUGGCUAUAUGGGAAACGACGAGUCGGUUACAAAAGCUCU